AUGCUCCUCGGAGGCUGGAUCCUGCUGGCCUUCAACUCAAUUGUCCUCCUGUCCUGGGCCCUGUUCCCCAAAUGGCUGAGCUCAAGGAAGGGCAGCGGCCCAGCUCCAGGGUUACAGGCAGCAGCAGCUACGGCCACUGCUGUGGGCCUGCUGGUUUUCCCGAUCAGCCUGGCCCCCUCAUUGGCUAAGGAAGCCUGUGGACCCUCCUCCAUGUACCGCAGUGGGCACUGCCAGUUGGGCUGGGGCUAUGUGACCGCCAUCCUCAAUGCAGUCCUGGCCAGCCUCCUAUCCAUCACUGGAUGGCCUGGCACUACCAAGGUCCCAGGAAGGACCAUCCUCAUCUCCAGUGAUACUGAGAGAAUCCUCCUCGUGCCAGAGACAAGCAAAUAA